UCUUCUAACUCCCACUAACUUGUGUAUCUUCCUCUAAUUCUAACCCACCUUAAUACUACUAUGUUCCAAAAAAAUGUUACAAUGUUGCUUGUUUUCCUAAAAUGUCUCCCCCAAUAAUAAUUGAAAGUCUCUAAUAUGUGUCUUACAAUCUUUACUCACAAAUCAUGAUGAUUCAAAAUCAAAGACACACGCUACAAAUGACUCACCUACCUUCUACCUUUCAUAUUUGAGAUCAUGCAAUCCACAAACCCUUUUUUUUUUCUGUGUUUAGCAUUGUAACAUUCAUAAACCCUUCUACUCAAGCAUUGAGAUUGUCUAUCUUUAGUUAUGACAUACAUGGCUCCGGCUCGAGGACUCGCCAUUGUGAUCCUGUUAUUAGCUCUGUACUGUGGAUUAGACCCCUUCAAGCACAGCCCUAUCCGAGGCUUACCUGAUUUUGAGGUGCACAAAGUUAACUUGCCAUCAUGGUCUGAGGUUCCUACAGACUGUGACAAAGACAACUUGUUGCAGAAAUCGGAGAUCCUGUUUGAGAACCAAGUACAGGGCCCAGAGAGCAUUGUCUUCGAUCAUCAUGGUCGUGGUCCUUACACUGGUGUUGCUGAUGGAAGAAUUUUAUUUUGGAAUGGACUGUCUUGGAUUGAUUUCGCCUACACCUCACCCAACAGGUCAGAAAUAUGCAAUCCAAAGGAAUCUGCAACACCAUUUAGUUAUGUUGAGACUGAGCACAUCUGUGGAAGGCCUUUGGGACUAAGAUUUGACAAGAAAACAGGUGAUUUAUACAUUGCAGAUGCAUAUUUUGGGCUGAUGAAGGUAGGGCCUCAAGGUGGUUUAGCAACAUCUCUUGCAACUGAGGUAGAAGGAGCGCCGAUCAGAUUUACUAAUGAUGUCGACUUUGAUACAGAAGGGAACGUUUACUUCACUGAUAGCAGUACUAAAUAUCAGAGAAGGAACUUCAUUCAUCUUACAUUUUCUGGUGAAAAUACUGGAAGGGUUUUGAAAUACAGUCCUGCCACCAAGGAAACCACUGUUCUUGUAAGGAACAUUCAUUUUCCAAAUGGGAUUACCUUAAGCAAGGAUGGUUCCUUCUUUCUAUUUGCAGAAGGGCUAAUUGGAAGGCUACACAAGUAUUGGUUAAAAGGAGAUAAAGCUGGAACUUCAGAAAUCUUUGCAAUCCUACCUGGUUUUCCUGAUAAUGUGAGAGUCAAUGAAAAUGGUGACUUUUGGGUGGCUAUCAAUUGUAGAAGGUUUAUGUACAGUUACCUGAAUGCUCUCUACCCAAAAAUGAGAAAAAUCAUCCUCAUGCUACCUAUUCCAACAAGGAUAAACUACAUGCUUCAAAUUGGAGGCAAGUUUCAUGCAGCUAUUGUUAAGUAUAGCCCUGAAGGUAAACUUCUGCAGAUAUUGGAGGACAGUGAGGGAAAAGUUGUUAAAGCAGUGAGUGAAGUGGAGGAGAAGGAUGGUAAACUUUGGAUAGGAAGUGUUAUGAUGCCUUUCAUUGCAGUUUACCAUUUGACAUGAAGCAUAAAUAUUAGAUUCUACUGGUAGCAUUCACUCAAGAUCAGCUAUAGAAGAAAUCACUAUUUGAUUUUUUACCUCUUCCCUCUAUUUGAUUACAAUGUCAUAAAAAGUAGAGACCAUGAAAGUAACACAAUGAACUAUAUUUCCUUCACCAAACUACAAUAUCAUUUCAAUGAA